CAGAGGCCUCGAUUAUGCAGGGGGCUGAGGGAACCACUCCAUGUGACCCUCUCGGGUGGGACUCUGCAGCUGCUUCACAGCGCAACUCUCUCACCAAACUCCGCGCCCUUGCGCUCGCGGUGCCAAAAGGCGCCCGCCCGGAUUGAAAAGGCGCAGUGCAUGCCCGCCCGCGUCACUAGGCAGACAGAAGACGCACGUCGGGGUGCGGAUCCCUCCUCUGCAUGCGGCUGCUCCUGGUUCUGUCACUUGAGCCCAGUGGAGGACUCCGCGAGCCCCAGCGUCUGCCUGGCGGCGGUGGCAACAAUGCACGGAACUUCCCGCACUUCGGCCACCAGCGUGAACGCUGACUGCUGCAUCCCGGCUGGCCUGCGCCUUGGGCCGGUGCCUGGCACCUUCAAGCUGGGCAAGUACCUGUCAGAUCGCAGGGAACCAGGGCCCAAGAAAAAGGUGCGCAUGGUGAGAGGGGAGCUGGUGGAUGAGUCAGGGGGCUCCCCUCUGGAGUGGAUAGGGUUAAUCCGGGCAGCCAGGAAUCCCCAGGAACAGACUCUGGAAGCUAUUGCGGACUUACCAGGAGGACAGAUCUUCUAUCGUGCAUUGCGAGACGUCCAGCCGGGGGAAGAGCUGACUGUGUGGUAUUCCAACUCCUUGGCUCAGUGGUUUGACAUCCCUACAACUGCAACUCCUACUCAUGAUGAGAAAGGGGAGGAGCGCUACAUCUGCUGGUACUGCUGGAGGACCUUCCGCUACCCUAACAGCCUCAAGGCACACCUGCGUUUCCACUGUGUGCUGAGCGGCGGCGGGGGCCGCGCCUUCCUGCCCCAGGAGCACGCGGCCCGGCCCGGCGCUUCCCCGGUGGCCGAAGGCCUCGGCCUCCCUCCCAAACCCACAGCCCCGGACUUGACGGCGCCCGUCCAGGCAGCCGCUCUGAGGCCCCAAGCGCAGGCCGCUCAGCUCGCCCAGGCGUGCGGGGCGCGGGAGAGCAUCAAGCGGGAGGCUUCUCUGGCGCCCCUCGCCACCUCCCCGCCGCUGGGCAAGUGGGGGACGCCCAAGAAGGGCAAGGAGCAGCCGGACCGCGCGCACGGCCACUUCCUGGGGAUCGUAGGCGGCUCCUCGGGCGGCAGCGGAGGUCUGCCCUUCUACCCCGGCGUGCGCUCCGCUUUCAAGCCCGCCGGCCUGGCCCGGGCGGCUGCGCAGAGCGACCCCUACCGGGAAGAGGGCGGCGGCAAGGGGCCGGGGUUGGCGCUAGGCCGCCUGCUGGGCGGGGGCCGGCCCGGCGGGCGCCCCGGCAGUGGGGAGAGCCCGGCGGGCCACCACCACCACCACCACCACGCUCACCACCACCACCACCACCAUCCCAAGUGCCUGCUGGCGGGGGAGCCGCCGCCGGCCGGCCUGCCGUGUCCCGGGGCCCUGCGGGCCUUCCCCCUGCUCGCUGGCCACCCGGAAGAGGCGUCGGCCUUCAAACACGUGGAGCGGGCCCCGCCCGCCGCCGCCGCCGCCGCCUCGCUGCCGGCCGCACGCUACGCGGCUCUCCCGGCGCCCGGGCUCCCUGUGGAGCGCUGUGCGCUGCCGCCCCUCGAUGCCGGCAGCCUCAAGGCGUACCCGGGCGGCGAGUGCAGCCCCCUGCCCGCCGUCAUGCCGGCCUUCACGGUGUACAGCGGAGACCUGCUCUACGGCCCUCCGGCCGCCUAUUACCCUCUGAAGCUGCACUUGGGCGGGCUGCUCAAGUAUCCCGAGUCCAUCUCCUAUUUGAGCGGCCCUGCGGCGGCUGCGGCAGCCGCGGCCGCGGCGGCGGCGGCGAUCGGCCCGGCCGAGCUGGGCUCCCUGGCCAGCAUCGACCGCGAGAUCGCCAUGCACACGCAGCAGCUGUCGGAGAUGGCAGUCGGGAAGGGUCGCGGCCGCCUGGAUUCGGGGACGCUGCCUCCAGCCGUAGUGGCGGCGUCAGGCCCCGGGGGUGGCGGCGGUGGCGGGAGCGCGGCAGGCAAGCCCAAGACAGGCCACUUGUGCCUCUACUGUGGCAAGCUGUACUCGCGCAAGUACGGGCUCAAGAUCCACAUGCGGACGCACACCGGCUACAAGCCGCUCAAGUGCAAAGUGUGCCUGCGGCCCUUCGGCGACCCCAGCAAUCUCAACAAGCACAUCCGACUCCACGCCGAGGGCAAUACGCCCUACCGCUGCGAGUUCUGCGGCAAGGUGCUGGUGCGCCGCCGAGACCUGGAGCGUCACGUCAAGUCCCGCCACCCAGGCCAGAGCCUGAUCGCCAAGGCGGGCGACCGCCCGGGCACGGAGCCGGGCUAUGCUCUGGAGCCUGGGGAUCCCAAGAGCGAGGACAGUGACGUGGACGUCUGCUUCACUGACGACCAGAGCGACCCUGAGGCUGGGGGCCGUGGCGAGCACGAUUCCUAACGCGCCGUCCAGGGAAGGAGCAGGGACAGGGACAGAGUGAAGUGGUGACAAGAAGGACUCGGUCGAUGUUGUAAUUUGGGGGGAUGGUGUCUUAUUAGGAACAGUGAGCCGCUCCAGUUCUCUAGUGGAGCAAAGUUUAAGGAUGGGUUAAAGAAAAAGAGACACAGCCAAUGAACAGCCCAUAGGUUGUGGGUCUCCAUCCUUCAGGGCCCUAGACUCUGGCAUAGCCUCUCAUUCUGAAAGCAUUCUGGUCUUGAGGUUCAGGAUCGCGUCAAAAUAAAUAUCUCAGUGCCCUCAAAGGUGAUGAUUUUUACUGCCACACAUUUUUAAAACGUUCUUUUCUGUGGAGGAAAUCGUGCCUUUUGAAAAGAUGUUCCGCGUGAAUUUUAUGUUAAGUAUUUCACUGCAUAGCAAGCAAAACAGUAGAUGUGACACCCACACACCUGUUUCCAUUUCUUAUCUGUUCUGUCAAAGAGCACUCCUUGCCACAUUGAGGAUAUUGUGGUAGUGGAUGUAUAAAUUGGUCAAGUUGCAAUUAUUUAUGAGAGAAUAAUGAUAAAUGUAAAAUAACGCAUGAAUAUAAGAGCACGCAAUAUAUAAAUUAAAAAAAUAUCCUAUUUGGUAGAGUCCAAAUGUUUAUGUUGUUUUAUAAUGAAUGAUGUACAGUGGAUAUAGUACUUUGCCCUUGCUUCCAUUUUGUGCAAUCUUUAAGAAUAAUAAAGAUACAAAUGAGAGUUCUA